AGUAGUUCAUUUAGAUUCAUUCAGACUCGAUACUCCACUGUGACAGGUGUAAGGACUAUAACUAUCGACGUUUUCGACGGUACUGACAUCCAUCAUCAGUAUAUCGCGUAGCGAUUUUUAAACGUUCUGGUUCUGGUUUGUUAAAAGUGCGCGGGUGAAUAAUAUACAAUGAGAGGUGCCUUGUGGUGCCUACUCUUGGUGUUCGCAGCUACUACUGGUGGCUCAAGAACUGGUUCGUCAUCAAGACUACCGCGAACUAGUGCUGGACAAUUAGCAGCUGCGGCCGCAGCUCAGAAUAAAACUGUACACCAAUUACGAAAUUUGAAAAAUGGCACUACAUCAGGUACAACAUCGGGAACUAGGGCCUCGCCACCACCUGAUAAAGGAUCCUCUAAUGUAGCUAGGGAGGAAUACCUGUUCGAUGUCUUCGAAACGAUAAUUUCAACUUUAGAAUCAAAAUUACAUAGGAUAGAAAAUUUAGACAAAGCAGUUGAACAUCUCAUGCGAAGAGUAGAAGGUUUAGAUGAUAGAGUGAAUAAUAACAUAGACAAAACCGAAUCAGUGAUUGCCAAAUUGAGAAUAAUUGAUUCUAAAUUGUUUCAAACACCAAACAGAUUAUUUUUUGAAAAAAAAUCCGAUACUUACGCCGAAUCAGAAAACUUGGGUAAAAAAUUAUUGGCUUUAGAUCAAAAAGUGAGUGACAUCGAUGAUAAAUUGAACACUUUAAAAAACCAAUUGGAUAUUAAUUCUUUACAAGGGGAAGAUAUCAACGCAGAGGCAAGCGAAAAGAGAUCAGUUAGCAUGAACGUAGUAGAAAUAACUAAAGCUCUUAAUACUGAAGUAAUGAACCAUGUUACGAAAGAACUAAAUCAGCUUCGAGAAACAAGUAGCGGUGUAGAUAGAAAACUACAAUUCCAUAUUAAUACUGUCCAAGAAAAUUUGGGAAAAAUUCUAAAUAUAAUGACCGAUGUCCAUCACGCUAUUAUAGAUGAUAAAAGAGGUUACACCGAUUAUUUCUACAAUAGAUCAUACACUACUACACACAGACCUGAACGUCAAAACAAAAUUGAUAGCUUAGUCGAAAAAAUAAAGCCAAUAAUAACCGUUUCCGAAAAAAUGGACGAGGUGUGGAACGUUGUGGUUGGUACAAAAAGUUCAGUGGAUGAUCUGGUACCAAAAUCAGAUGAAUUAUUGACGCAAACUCAAAGACAAGAACGAGCCAUAGGAGAAAUACACAAUGAUUUGAAAAUGAAAACUAAUAAAAUCAUUGCAAACUUAGAUAAAGUAGAGAAAAGAUUGAAAAAACAAGAAGAUGAUGUUGCUACUUUAGCUCAAAAGCCUGUACCAGCUGAAAUAUUACUCAACCCAUCCUUAGAAAAACUAGAUGACUUCGAAUCUACUAGAUAUAUUGAAGAUUAUGUAACUGAUACAACACUUCCUAGUGGUUUCACUACUAUGUCGCCUCCGAUAACACAAACGUCUAUACAUAACAGUGUAUCUACUCAAGUAGGAAGUUCAGCUUCAACUACAGAGAAGAGAGUUGAAAAAAGAAAAGGCGGUGUUAUUUUUCCCAGUGUUAAAAAUAAACCAACCCACGUAAAUUCAACAUUUGUUACAUCAGACGUUUCCCCAACUGUUAAGGAUGUUAGGGGUUAUUCUUGUGUGGACUUCCUUAGCGCUGGGAUGAGGAACUCUGGAAUAUACUACCUGCAAAUACGAGGUACAACCUACUGGUUUUUGAAGGUAUUCUGCGAACAGGAAAUAGCUGAUGGAGGUUGGACGGUAAUUCAACGAAGAGAUGAUUUCGGUUAUCCGAGGGAAAACUUCAACAGGGAUUGGAAUGAUUAUAAAAAUGGGUUCGGUGAUCCGUCGAAGGAAUUCUGGUUGGGCAAUGAAAAUAUAUACAUGCUGACCAAUAAUGAAGAAUAUUCUCUUAGAGUUGAACUUGAAGAUUUCGAGGGUAACAAGAGAUAUGCUCAAUAUUCACACUUCAAAAUAUAUUCGGAAGCUGAAUAUUAUAAACUGGAAAUAGACGGCUAUGAAGGAAAUGCAGGCGAUUCUCUAAAUGAUCCAUGGUACGGAAGUAAUAAUAGCCCAUUUUCUACUUACAACAGGGACAACGACCGAUCAAGUCUGAAUUGCGCUUCUAUGUUAAAAGGUGGAUGGUGGUGGAAAUCCUGCGGGCGAGGAUUGAAUGGUCUAUAUUUGAAUGAUCCUCAAGAUUUGACAGCAAGACAAGGAAUUGUUUGGUUCCGGUGGAAAGGUUGGGACUACACGCUUAAGAAAUCUGUAAUGAUGAUAAAACCUCGAAGCUUUGUUAGCGGCACCUAGUUUUCAAUAACAUAAUAGUCAAUUUAUAAUCACCAGUAAAAUCAUUUCAUUUCAUGAAACUGAACUAUUUAUUUGAAAAACUAUAUUAUACUGAUUUUAUUACAUUUUACCUCAUAGUAAUAGGAAAUUGCUUCAUAAAAUUAUCCGUACAUACAUCUAGUGGAAUCCACCAGCUUCAAAAAAACAGUUUUGUUAGCUUCUACUUCAAGAUUCCGCACUAUUAUGAGUAAUAUGGAAUAUGUUAUAUAGAAACUGGAAAAUACCUUUUUAAUUAGUAUCACUAAUUAAUAUUUAUAUACAAAUAAUGAUGCAAUCAAGCAAUAUGACUAAUGAUUGGCAGAAUACAUUACAACCACUUUAAUAAAUUAUACAAUAGUAUGUUACAUAAUUACAGAAGAAAGUGAUAAUUUUCACACGGUUAUUAAUAUUGUAAAAGUAGUGUGAUUGUAGAAGUUUCUUUGUAUCGAGUUGAUUACGCUAUUUUUCCUACAAACAAUAUUUAUCUUCAACAAUAAUCUAUUUCAAAUAAUACUAGUAGAUAUUACUUUUCCUUAUAUGUAUAUGAAACAGCAAUUUCCAACACAUGUGCGGAAACCUGACGUGACAGUAACGGCUCUACAAACCAAAAUCAGCACCCAGUUUAGACAAAUUCAGCUUAAAAUUGAUUCCUAUUGGUAAAUUUCAUAUUCUUCUCGUUCAAAUUAUUUUAUAGUGAAGUAUAAUCCAUUUGAAUGAUAAUUUAUGUCAAUUUGUAGAACAAAAAUUAAUUGAAUAUCGUGUGGUCAUCUACAAUUUUCUGGUAGCUCAACAUAACGUACUCAGUGGCCUUUGUGGCGUCUGUUAAUUUAGAUGGAAUGAAAAUUUGUUCUGGGUAUUGGUAUUAAGAAAUUUUAAGAAACAUCAUCAAUGUAUCUUUAAAUGUUUAUAUAUUUUCCACAUACAUGCUGCAAUAUUUCCACAUACGAGUGAAAUUGUGGAGUUUUAAGGCUACGGAAUGUGUGAAAUUUAUCAUUUUCUAAUGUAAUCGUAUUUUUCUCUCUAUAAGGAUUACAGUCUGGAAUGAAUUCAUUUUUAAGGUUAUUUUAUGGUUGUAGAGAUAGAUUUUUAUUCAAAAUUCUUGAAAAUAAAAUUGUAACUGAAAUGAUUUUGCCGAAGAGAGUGUUCAGUAGUUUAUUCGAAAGAAUUUAAAUGAUCUUAUUGUCAUAUAGCUUAAAAGAUAUCGAAGCUAUCGAUACAUAUAUAUAUGGGAUCAAUUAAUAUUUUAGACGUUUUUCUGGACAUUUCUAAUCAAAAUAUAACUCAUUGAUAAAUAAGAGUAUCUUCAUAUGUCUGCUUUUAUUUAUAAAUAUUGGAAAUGUAGAAUUUUGAUAGUUUUUGAACGUCGAUCAUUUGUUAAUAAUAUUUAUUUAAUUUGACAAUAAUAUAAUAAUUAAUAGUUGCAUAUAACCUGAGAAAUUGGAAAAACUUUAACUAUACGCCCGGAAUACGACAGCUCUUAAUUCAUCCAUCGAUGUUCAUUAAUGUACUCAUAUUUAUAUCGUAAAUGUAGAUAUCUCUACUGAGAAACUUAAUUUGAAAAACAGAAAUUCAGAAGUUUUAAUAUUCUAAAUUGUUUUGUAAUCAUAGAGUAAGUGUUCAAAUUAUUUCCAGAAAAGUAUCUGAGACUGAAUUCUCUCCAACCAAAUACAAUAUUAAAUAUUAUGCUUGGGAUUUUAUAAUAUCAAAAUGAGAUUUUCUGAAUUAUGUUUAAAGUAUAUACG